ACCUGGUGAUAGUUACUGUGUGUGGUAUCGCUAGGACUCUCAGCGUCCACAGAUAAAAACUGCAGCAGAUACGGCAGCUUCUUCGGGUCUUUCACGAGCUCUUUGAGCGUGAACGGCACGUGGCCCUGCAGCUUCUGGAAGCUCGUCGUAUCCAUCCCCACCAGCUGUCGAUGCGUCUUGUGCGUGGGUUUCUUCCAUUGUAGUUUGUUGGGGCGGAAGAGCUUGCGCAGCUUGGAGCUCACGGGGAAUGGGUACGAAAGCUCCGACAUGUUGGAUUUGGGCGGUGAACUGCGGCCUGUGAGACGCACCGAGUUUCUCUUCGGGGCAGGUGGAGGACUUGGACCUACAGCGUUGAGUGACGACCGACUGGGGGCGUCGUUCCCGCUGGGUUUGUCCUCCCCGAAGAGCCACGAGUCGAGGCUCACGUUGGUGAUGGAGCGCAUUAUUGCGGACUAAGGAUUUGGUGACAUGAUGAGCAACUGUAGCGAUUGGAGCAACGUAUUAGCAACGUAAAACGGGUUUGUGCAACUUUACUUCAGUUAAGAAUAAGAAGGAUGGCGGACCGGGCAAAGGUGCUGGCGCUGUAUAAGCGCAUCCUGACUCUGCACCGACAAAAGCUGGAGCCACACAUGCGGGUUCUUGGAGACCAGUACGUGCGCGACGAGUUCAAGCGGCACAAGAGCGCAGCAUCCAAGUUUGUACCGCCCUUUAUGCAAGAAUGGGAGCAGUACGCGGCCGUCAUGUCAGACAAGAAGGACCGCUUCGGCCAGGAGCUCUCGGCUGAGGAUAAAAAACUGCUGGACGGAGAGCAGAAGGUCAAGCUGCGCUCACUGCAGGACGCUGCCAAGAAAGUGGGCGAGACAAUCGCUUAGAGAGAAUCAAUGCAGGUUUGCUAUCGACUUGGUUGUUUGUUGAUGCAUUUAGUUUGCCGUCGACGUGUAUUGAGCCGCAAAGUUGGAGACGAACGAACUGGCUGGACCACGAGCUAUGAUAACCUCGACUCGGUGGGUGCAGGUCUAGCUUAAUCUAACUCGUAUAAGUCGACUUAUCGGG